UGUAUCAUUUCACUAAUAAUUUUCGUUCAGUAAUGAAGAUCAAAGUAGUUGAAGUGCACCAACAGUUUAUUUUAUUUAUUGUAAAACAUGGAAAGUGUACAGGAUGACAGGUGUUUUUCUAAUACGUUUCAAGAAUAUAAAGGCGAGAACAUGCUUAGAGAAGAUGGGCGGUUGAAAGAAUCAUUAAGUAAGAGAAUAGAGGAGCACAUUGACAGAUUACUAGAGAGACUGUACGAGGGUUUAGGUGAGGAAGGAGAUGAAAGCUACUCUGUUUAUACAGGCAUUGGAGGCAUUGCUCACUUGCAUCUCCAUAUGUAUUCCAAACUAAAAAAAGAUCGAGGGCAGUUAGAGUGUGCGUUAGACUGUUUACGUCAGCCUCUGCGUCACCUGAAAGGUCAAAGAAUAUCAUUCUUGUGUGGAGAUGCUGGGCCGCUGGCACUGGGGGCUGUUAUAUAUGAUAAACUUGGUAGCAAACCUGCAUCUAAAGACUGUGUGACAAGGCUUGUAGGACUGCAGAAGGAUGUAUGUAGAGACCCGUCACUUCCGGAUGAGUUACUGUAUGGUCGGGCAGGCUACCUGUAUGCCUUAUUGUUUGUGAGAGCUCAUUUGGGAGAUGACAGUAUAAGUACAGAAGUUAUACAUAAGGUGUACAAAUGUAUAACUGAUUCAGGAAUUCAUAUGUCACAGCAACAAGGGUGGCGUCACCCACUGAUGUAUGCCUGGCAUGAGAAACAUUACCUCGGGGCAGCACAUGGUCUUGUGGGCAUCUUUUAUAUUCUCAUGCAUGUGAAAGACGAGUCUUUGAAGAAGCACCUAGAAGAGUUGAUCAGACCUAGCCUAGAGUACAUGCUGACUUUAAGAUUUCCUUCUGGUAACUGCCCUUCAUCAGUGGGAAGUUCCACUGGGGAUAAACUGGUACAUUGGUGCCAUGGUGCACCUGGGUGGAUUCAUAUGUUUAUCAUGGCUUACAAGGAAUUUGGUGAGGACAGAUACCUUCAAGCAGCAAAGGCCUGUGCUGACGUUAUCUGGUCAAGGGGACUUUUGAAGAAGGGAUUUGGUCUUUGUCACGGGAUUUCUGGAAAUGCUUAUGCUUUUCUUGCCAUGUACAAACUUACAGAUGAUCAGGCCUAUCUAUAUAAAGCUUACAAAUUUGCUACCAUGACAAUGGAGAGAAACGUAAGAGUGAGAAUUCCUGAUCAUCCAUAUUCAUUAUUUGAAGGUCUUGCUGGAACAAUCUAUUUCUUGAUAGAUCUGCUUGAUCCAAAGAGUGCAAAGUUCCCUGCAUUUGAUUUGCCAUAAAAUCAAGACAACAGAUGGUGCAGAAUUGUCUAUAUUGAUUUUAAAGCUUUGCUGCCAAAAAAAGGAAAAUGACUUGAUAUACUCUACUGGUGUGUGUAGGUUUACAUGUCACAGAAAUAUAUAAGAUAUGACAGUGAAAAACAGAAUGAUGUUCAAUACAACUACUGGUUGUAUCAUUCCCUGUAUUCUAUAAACAUCUCCAUGGUUACAUAGGAGAAUCACUUGCUUGUAGUUCUUGCUUCCGUACCUUAACAGACGUUAUUCUUUUAUUUUUUUGGUGGUCUUUUCAGAACAGUAUAUAAACAUCUCUGAAGCCGAGAAAAAAGUAACUCUGAAAGAAUACUCGUCUACUGAAUUUCUUUGUGAAAUAAUUCACAUUUCAUUUAUGAACAAGAACCAGCCAGCUGAAAAGGGAACAGUAAAAUAUAGUUUGUGAUCAUGUUCAACAGUAAUUGUAAUGUCAUUGGUGGCUGCAGAGAUUAACUUUCCACAGAAAUAUCUGGAAUUUACAUAUGGUGAUUAUGUAUCUUGGGCCUACUUUACAAUGCAUGGCUCUAUGGCUGUGUUUUUGGGGUUCUGUGCUUCCGAGAAAUCUAUCCUUACCUUUUAUCUUGGAUAGACUAAACAUUGUACAGGACAAAAUAUUUUACCCGUGCCAAUAACCAGAACCAUGCACAAUAACCAUCUAUUGACAUGCCAUGUGAUGUUCCAAUCAUUGACAAGUGAAGUUGUGUUCUGGUUUAUAAUGAAUCAUUCUUUAAACUGCACUGGCAUGUCUUCAGUGGUUAUUGACACUCUUAAGAUUAUAUAAGCACUUGGUCUAUGCACUCAUGCCAAUGUAGAUGUUGUAGCACCAAUCACCGGUGGAGUAAUUCCAACUCAUUUUAGUUAAAGUAGCCAUAUUAGUGUUGCCGAAAUGGGUCAGUGUGCAAUGUUUUGUCUGUCGUACUAACGUACAUCUAUGUCAUUUGGUAUUUUAUUUUACAUUUCUUGUGAAAACUAGUUAUAGACUUGUUGCAUUGUAAAUACUGUUUCCAUGUGAAAAUCUCAUUGGUAUUAAAGUUGUGUUUAUCUGA